AUGACCUCGACCUCGCCGUCCGCGGCUGGCCCCGCGGCAACGAGCACCUCCAGCGCGCCCGCGCUUCCCUCACGUCCGAGUACUCUCAGCACAACAGUCAACUCAAAUGCGGCCACAUACUCACCCUACGGUGCGUCGCGCUUCGGUGCGACAACGCCAUAUGGAGGAUAUGGUGGCUACGGUGCCUACUCAUCCCCCUAUUCCCGAUUCGGCUCCAUGGGCUCCAUGGGCUCCAUGUACGGCGGCUACGGGGGCAUGGGUGGCAUGUAUGGCGGUAUGGGAGGCAUGUAUGGGGGCAUGCCAGGGCAGGAUCCCAACGAUCCCAAUAGCUUGACCCAAUCUUUCAGUCAAAGCACGCAGGCGACCUUUCAGAUGAUUGAAAGUAUCGUGGGGGCAUUUGGCGGCUUUGCCCAAAUGCUCGAGAGCACGUAUAUGGCUACACAUAGCUCGUUCUUCGGUAAGUCUGGGUGCUCGAAACAGCUAUGGACUCCAUGA